AAAACAUUACUGCCCUUGUUUCGGUAAGCAUAAGAUAUAAGAAGUAAAAAUGUGCGACGAAGAAGUACAAGCCCUCGUUGUUGACAAUGGAUCUGGUAUGGUGAAGGCCGGUUUUGCUGGAGAUGAUGCUCCUCGCGCUGUCUUUCCUUCUAUUGUUGGCCGACCUCGUCAUGCCAACAUCAUGUUGGGUAUGGGUAACAAGGAAUGCUACGUUGGUGAUGAGGCCCAAUCCAAGCGUGGUAUCUUGACUCUGAAGUACCCAAUUGAGCACGGUAUUGUUACCAACUGGGACGAUAUGGAGAAGAUCUGGCACCACACCUUCUACAACGAGCUCCGUGUUGCUCCAGAGGAACACCCCGUCCUCCUCACUGAGGCCCCCAUGAACCCCAAGGCUAACCGUGAGAAGAUGACUCAAAUCAUGUUUGAGACAUUCAACACACCAGCCAUGUAUGUCUCCAUUCAGGCUGUGUUGUCUCUGUACGCCUCUGGUCGUACCACUGGUAUCGUCUUGGACUCUGGUGAUGGUGUCUCUCACACUGUACCUAUCUACGAAGGUUACGCUUUGCCACAUGCUAUCCUUCGUCUCGACUUGGCUGGUCGUGACUUGACGGACUAUCUUAUGAAGAUCAUGACCGAACGUGGAUAUGCUUUCAACACAACGGCCGAGAGAGAAAUUGUCCGUGAUAUUAAGGAGAAGCUCUGCUAUGUUGCACAAGACUUCGAACAGGAGAUGCAGACCGCUGCCUCUUCUUCCUCCUUAGAGAAGAGCUAUGAAUUGCCAGACGGUCAAGUCAUCACGAUUGGAAAUGAGCGUUUCCGUUGCCCGGAAGCCCUCUUCCAACCAUCCUUCUUGGGUCUUGAAUCAGCUGGUAUCCACGAGACUACAUACAACUCCAUCAUGAAGUGCGAUGUUGAUAUCCGUAAAGACCUUUAUGGAAACGUCGUUCUCUCUGGAGGUAGCACCAUGUUCCCUGGUAUUGCCGAGCGUAUGUCUAAGGAACUUACGGCCCUGGCUCCCAACACCAUGAAGAUUAAGAUCAUUGCACCCCCUGAACGUAAGUACUCUGUUUGGAUUGGAGGUUCAAUCUUGGCCUCUCUUUCUACAUUCCAAGGAAUGUGGAUCUCUAAGGAGGAAUAUGAUGAGGCUGGCCCAUCCAUUGUUCACCGCAAGUGCUUCUAAGCUAUGGCACAUGGCUUGUCCUCCUCUAACUUAACAGUAGUUUAUUUAGAGAUGGUGGUCAAUAAAACUUAAUAUUAGUAAUUAAA